CCAGAAUAGAAGGAGGACUUCAGCAGGGAUCCUGCUUGGAUUUCGUGUGGUGCAGUUGCCAUACACAUCAGGGAGGAAACCAUCACAACUUUUAUUUGGCCUUAAGGAGCUGCUCUUUCUUAAGAGAGGCAUCUCUCCUCCUUCCUUGAUCAAAAAAUCGACAGAGACCAGGCUCCAUGGAUGAGUGGGAACCCCCCCAGUGGAAAAAGGAAAUUGAAAGCCUUAAGUAUCAGUUGGCUUACAAGCGGGAGGUGUCAUCAAAAACAAUUCCCGAAUUCCUUAAAUGGAUUGAGGAUGGGAUCCCAGAAGAUCCAUUUCUGAACCCAGAACGGAUGAAAAACAACCCCUGGGUGGAAAGAGGGAAAUGUACAAUCCUCUAGUCCAUAUUCUUAGCCCAGCACCAUCCCCGAUUGACAAAUGCUUUCCUUUGGACGUGCUCCAAAAUUGCAUAAACACAGAAGGCUCUAAAAUUAUUUGCUUGCCGCUCUGGCUAAAUUCUCAUUCAUAGUCCUUUGUUAGUGCUGGGGCCUUAUGUAAGGACUGGCUUCCCAAUUAUUGGUCUCUGGGGCACUCUUGGGGUGGGCGUGGCGGAAGUGGAGAUCCAGCUUCGUGCACAAGGGGCACUGGAGGGGGGCUUUCCCCGCAGUGGCUCCCUCUGAAAUUUGGACAAAACUGAAUUUGCAAUGUCUCCAGAUCCUGGCUGUGGGUUUGCUUCCAAGAGGUUGUCCUGCAGAAAGCCGGAUUAUCCUCAUGGGGGAAGAGUGGCCUGGCCAUCUGUUGUGUGGUGGGAGAGAACCAGGACGAACAUGGCUUAUCCUCAUUGGCACAGAAUGACAAGAGCCUCCAAUGCCACAUUGCAGUAUGUAAGGACCAGUUUAUUUUAAACCUCCCAGUUCAUGAUUUGGGAACCAUUGGGAGGGAUAAAUUUGUGAUUCUAUUUUGAAUCACUAUAACUAAAAGAACGGGAA